UUGAGGGUCAUUUUGAAAGCUUGGAAACUGGCAGCAAUGUAUUCAACGGUGCUGUUCUUGUGGAUAGUUACUCUGACGCACUGUGUUCUUGCAGGAAACAUCUGCUCAAAGCCACCUGAAGUGCCAUUUGCGACAAUUGAUGUAGAUAAGAAAGAAUAUCAACCUGGUGAAGAAGUGACAUAUACCUGUAGGCCUGGUUACGUCCAUCAGAGCGGCACAAAGAAGUAUGUUUGCAAUUGGUCUGGCAGAUGGCUUCUUAACACGAUGAAAUGUACACCAAAGAAAUGUCCAUUUCCUGGACUGCUGGAGAAUGGAAAAAUUUCUUUUACAGAAUUGACCUUUCAGAGUACGAUAAGUUUUUCCUGUAAUCCAGGGUACAUUCUCAAUGGGGCAAGGAUUAGCCAGUGCAUGGCAGAUGGAAGAUGGAGCGGGACUCCACCUCACUGUCAACCUGUGACUUGUCCUCCUCCCCAAAUUCCUGAAUUUGGAGUAAUUUUGUACCAUACUCUAAAGCCUGGAAAUGUAUCAGUCUUCCAAGACAUGAUUAGAUUUGAAUGCUUACCAUCUUUUGCACUUCUUGGAAAUGAAACAGCUAUGUGUACGGCUAAUGGGAACUGGAGCAAUAUACCAGAAUGCAAGUAUGUAACAUGUCCAACUCCAACAGGAAUAGAAAAUGGAUUCAUAAAUUUUGUUGUUCGAAGAACAUAUGGUUAUAAGGAAAGAGUCAGUUUUGGCUGCAAUGGUAGAUAUGUGCUAGACGGGCCCAGAGAAUCAAUGUGUGAAAAAACAAGUGACUGGUCCAUAAAACCAUCUUGUAAAGCACCAUGUAAGAUACCGGUUAAGAAAGCUACUGUGUUAUACAAAGGUGAGAAGGUAGCAGUUCAGGAUGGCCUUAAAGAAGGAAUACAACAUGAUGAAACCAUUUCCUUUUUCUGCAAAAAUAAAGAAAAGGACUGUGUCUAUACUGUGCCCGCUUCGUGUAUAGAUGGCAAUCUCACAGUUCCUGAAUGUUUUAAAGAACGUGGAUUCUUUUCAAGUGUAUUCAAGAAGGACUAUGCAGAAAGGACACAAUGUGAAGACGUCCCGUGAAUUAAAAAAAAGAAGAUGCAGUAAUUGCAAUGCCCAUUUUACUGAGAUAAAACAUAAAUGGCAAGGUUUUUUAGGUGUCAUUGAGUUUAACGCCUCUCUGCCAAUGCAAGACUAUAUCUUGCAAUCUAAUUUCAACUGCUUUGCCUGAUAUCAUCCUUGCCAAUCUACUUCACAUUCUAAGACAAAGUAUUUUAGUCACAAAUUCUUAAGAUGUAGCCCAACUGUUCCUUUUCUCACUUUCUUCUUACUUUUUCUUAUGUACCCUUCUCAGAAAACCUUCAGUUCUCCUUUUGUGCCUAAGUCCUACAAGUGUUUGUAACUGGUUCUCAGAUUUCCAUCUCUAACAUAAUAAUCAUUUUAGGUAACUUAUUCUGUAUACUUAUUUCUUUUUAAAUACUGCCUACUAAUUAGCCAAAUCAUUUAGCUCUUACCUGAUUUUAAAAUACAACUUUUAACUUUAUCCACACAAUGCUCAU